UUAGAAACCGAUGCAAUUAACUACUGUACCCUCCCUACACGGGAUCAUCAGUGCUCGUGGCGUCAUCAAUAUAAACAUCAUCGUUUCAAAAUGGCGGAAGAAAGCGGUGGAGAAAGUUGGUGGGGAGCUUGGGGAACCGAGUUGUUGUCGAAUGUCAAAGCGAAGUCUGCAGAAACAUUUUCUCUUGUAAAACAAGACCUCGCAGAGUUCGUCACCACAAUUCAGCAUGAUACAACUGUUACUGUAGCUGAAACUGCCAACACUGUUAAAGAAAAGCUUAAGGUUGAAGAAGAUGAAACAGAUGGGUCAACAACAGCUGUUAUUAGACAAGGUGUCUCACAUUGGCUUGGCUCACUUUCUACUGCACUAAAGGAAAAUGUUACUCAGAUGACUGCAAUUGUUGAUGAAGAGCCAGCAAGUACCCACCCAGGACCAGUAUUUGACAGAGUACAGGCAAGAGUCCAUGAAAUCCAAACAGAUCCAGCAACAUACUGCAAUGAUCCUGAUGGUCAUCCUGCUCACUAUGAAGACUGGUGUAGAGGAUUUGACCUUGAGCAACAUAAAGCUGAUAUUUCUGAACUUCUUGUUAACAAGCCUGAGAUAAGGUCUUUAUACACAAAACUGGUGCCAUCUGCAGUAACUAACUCGCUGUUUUGGACUCGUUAUUUUUACAAAAUGCACAGAUUUCAUCAGGAAGAAAAGCGGAAAGCUGCUUUGGUUGAAAGAGCAAAUAAAAUGGAUGAAGAGGACAUAGGUUGGGAUGAUGAAGAGGAGUCAUGGGACAUAGACGAAACGUAUUUAAAGGACAAUAAACCAGCACAUCAUACUCAAAGUGAAGCAAGUGACGAUACGAAACCUUCAACAGCAGCAACAUCCCA